AUGAUAAAGACAUUAGGUUUAAUUUCCCUAGUGGCAUUUGCCACUGCUCAUGACCAACCUUUUUCUGGUUCGUUCAUGAGCAAAGAAGAGAAACUUAGUCUGAUGGAAAAAGCAAAAGAAAUGUUCUAUCAUGCAUACACAAAUUACAUGGAACAUGCAUAUCCUGCUGAUGAGCUUAUGCCAUUAAGUUGUAAAGGUCGAUGGAGAACAAAAGAGAAUAACCGCGGUGACAUGGAUGAUGUACUGGGCAACUAUUCUUUAACUUUAAUAGAUACUAUGGAUACACUGGUUGUCCUUGGUGAUUUGCCAGAGUUUGAUCGCGCUGUUUCAAAAGUGGUAACAAGCGUGACAUUUGAUAGAGAUGUUGUUGUAUCAGUAUUUGAAAUAAAUAUUAGAGUUUUGGGAGGUUUAUUGUCUGGACACAUUUUUGCACAGCACUUCAAAGAAAAUUCUAAUCAUUUGCAAUGGUAUAAUGGAGAACUAUUAACCAUGGCCAAAGAUUUAGGGUAUAGAUUAAUGCCAGCUUUUAACACAACAACAGGAAUACCAUAUUCCAGAGUAAAUUUAAAAUAUGGUAUCAAAAGAGAUCAACUUCAUUAUUUUCAAGAAACAUGUACAGCUUGUGCAGGAAGUAUGAUUUUAGAAUUGGCAGCUUUAUCACGUUUAUCUGGUAUACCCAUAUUUGAGGAAAAAGCUCACAGGUCAAUGGAUAGUUUGUGGAGUCUGAGACAUCGGUCUUCCAAUCUUAUGGGAACCGUUUUAAAUGUUGAUUCGGGUGAUUGGAUUCGAAGAGAUUCUGGAGUUGGAGCUGGUAUUGAUUCAUACUAUGAAUAUUGCUUAAAAGCUUAUGUUUUACUUGGAGAGAGCCGUUACUUAUCCAGAUUUAAUAAGCAUUAUGCUGCUAUUAUGAAGUAUAUAAGUCAAGGCCCUAUGUUAUUGGAUGUUCAUAUGCAUCGACCUCAAAUAAAUUCUAAAAAUUUUAUGGAUGCAUUGUUAGCUUUUUGGCCUGGCUUACAAGUACUUAGUGGGGAUCUAAAACCAGCAAUCGAAACACAUGAAAUGCUAUAUCAAGUAGUACAGAAACAUAACUUUAUACCAGAAGCAUUUACAACUGAUUUUCAGGUACACUGGGGACAACAUCCUUUGAGACCUGAAUUUUUAGAAUCAACAUACUUUUUAUACAAAGCAACUGGCGAUCCUCACUAUUUAAAUGUUGGUCGUCAAGUCCUAAAUUCUUUGCAAAAAUAUGCAAGAGUAGAGUGUGGAUUUGCUGCUGUUAAGGAUGUUCGAACCACUGCAAAUGAAGACACAAUGGAUUCGUUUGUGCUAGCUGAAACAUUUAAGUAUCUUUACUUAUUGUUUGCUGAAUCUGAAGAUCUCAUAAUCAAUAUUGAUGAAUAUUUAUUCACAACUGAAGGUCAUUUAUUACCUUUAUAUUUAUCUGUUCAACCACAAAAUUAUACAGAUGCUGAUAAGAUUUUAGAUGAAGAUAAUGAUCUACCUAAAAGAUCAUGUCCAAGUUUUGACAAUUUACUCACAGAAUCUAUUAGAAAACCAUUAAAAAAUAUGGUUGAUGGACUAUGUCCUAAUCGUAAAUCAAGAAUAGAAGCUAGAGAGUUUGCAAAAAAUUUUCAAUUUGGCAAUGAGAAUCAUAUGCAGAGAAUAAAAGCUAUGGGAAUUGUGGUAACUAAGCUUCCAAAUGGCCUUCCUCUUCUUUUUAUGAAUUCUUCUCAUGAAAGCAAUCCAGAUGAUCAAAUAGAUGGACAUGAAUUUUUAACUGAACUAAAUAUUAUUAUGAAAGAUGUUAACCAAAAAGAAAAAAUUAACUCUGCUAAGUCUGUGUCAUUUGAUAACCAAGAUGGACAAAAAAUGUCAUUGUAUGCCGGUGCAGCUAAUUUUGGCCUCCCUUUGAAUCUUGGUCUUAAGGUUGAAGCUCGUAUUGCUAUUGCAAAUCCUGUUAAAGGGUGUGAAACUUUAUUAAAUCCAAGUGUUGUUAAAGACAAAAUUGUUUUGGUUGAACGUGGUGACUGCAUGUUUAUCGAAAAGGCACGGAAAUUACAAGAAGCAGGUGCAGUAGGUGGUAUUGUAAUAGACAAUGCUACAGAUUCAUCUGUAAUAACAUCUCGAGCAUUCUCUAUGUCAGAUGAUGGAAUAGAUGAUGUUAGUAUACCACUGGUAUUUUUAUUUGCUUCUGAAGCUCGACCAUUACUGGAUAUGCUCAAUACCAAUCCAGAUCUUCUUGUUACAAUCAGUGAGCUUCCUAAAGAAACUGAAGCAGAAAUAGAUUCUGUUGAAGAUACUGGAACUAUGAUCAAUAACUCAAUAGAUAAACUAAAGAAAAUUAUAGGAGAUAUAAUGACAUCAAAUGAUCCUACACAGGAUCAGGUGUCUGACCUACUAAAAUGGAAAGGAUAUAGCUCAAUUGACAAGCAAACGUUUUUGAAAUUGCUCAUGGAGGCCAGAAAAGGAAUAAUAAACAAAAACGAUGAUAUCAUCAAAGUGGAUGAACUGCCGCCAUCUAAACAGAAAAUUUCUGAAAAUGAUACUCGUAGGAAAGUUGAUCCAGAUGAAAAUUGACCCCAAGUGUAAUGAUUUUUAAGAACUAAGGUAAAAGAAAUUCUACCGAAUUUCAAAUUAAUAAUAACUGUACUUAUCUGUAUGUUGUUUGAUUGUAAAUUAUUUCUUGUUAUUUAU